GAUGCAUACCCUGCAGGUUAAUGGUCGAAUGCGCUUGGAUUCGACUUUGAGUGUGCCUCCGCGGCCGCCGUACUUGUUGUCUUUGAAGUCGGAAACACGACUUGCAAACUGCUAAGUGGUUGUGCUAACCGCUAGGUAAAGCAAUGGCUGAAUAUUCUCACGUAAAAUCAACCAAGCUUGUUUUAAAAGGUCUUAACAAGGGGAAAAAGAAGAAAAACAAAGAUAAAAAGAGAAAAGCGGCCGAUGAAGAAGAAAAACCUGAUGUUGUUGGUGGUUGGUGGUGUGUCAGCAGCUUUGGGGAAAUCACUGGAACAGUUGCCAUAGAAAUGCAGAACAACUCGUACAUCCAUGCCCUGGACAGUGGGCUCUUCACACUCGGUGCACCACACAACGAGGAUGAAGGACCUGACCCUCCAGAACAGUUUACUGCCAUCAAACUGUCAGACACAAGGAUAGCCUUGAAGUCUGGAUAUGGCAAGUACCUUGGUGUCAACUCUGAGGGUUUGGUAGUGGGGCGCUCUGAUGCUAUUGGGUCCAGAGAACAAUGGGAAGCAGUCUUCCAGGAUGGCAAAAUGGCUCUCCUGGCAGCAAAUAGCUGUUUCAUCUCCUACAGUGACAGUGGGGACAUUGUGGCCAAGAGCAAGACAGCAGGGGAGGACGAGAUGGUGAAGAUCAGAUCGAGUGUGGAACGAGUGGUCAAGCGUAAAGAUGACAUUGCAGAAGAGGACAGGGGCAACGUGAAGUCCUGCGAGGUCAAUUAUGUAAAGAAGUUUCAGAGUUUUCAAGAUCGGCGACUCAGAGUUAAUGAGGAAGACGCCACCGUGCUGAAGAAAGCAAGAACAGACGGGAAGUUCCAUGAAGCUUUGCUUGACAGGAGAAGCCAGAUGAAAGCAGACAGGUACUGCAAGUGAAGACUCGACUUUUACCGCCAUGUUUUUGUUAAUGUCUUGAUUUUAUAGAUUUGUCCAUGUGACCUGACAUUUAACAUACUCUUUUGUUUGUUUGUUUGAUAUUAUUAAUAUUUUGAAUAAAAUAACACGGUCAAAUCAG